CGCAAAAGGACAUAAUCACCUCGAACAGACAAAGGGCCAAAGGUCAAAGACCGGACAGUGGGUGACAUGAGGGACAUGAGGGACAUGAGACGAUGGAUGCGCCAAAAGCCAAGAGGCGGUGCCUUGAGGACGUCACCACAGUGAGGCGCUGCGCAAACUGGAUUACACAGCUGCGGGCCCCUGCCAAGAAGGACGGCGUCUGGUGGCAACCCAGCCACGCCAUCCUUGCCCCAGCCAGGGGAUGGCUAGGUACCAGUGACGCUGCCCUGGGGCGAGUAGAAACAGGCUGCCGCGCCGCAUUUGGGCUGCUUCCAACAGCAUUCGCGUCCCCAGCACCACCCCAGCACCACACCAUGCAUGCUUCAUGUGGCUGUUGCCCGUCUCAGCCUCAUCCGCCUCCAGCCCAAAUCUCCAGCUGACCUGGCCGACUGUGUAUCGAUACGCGGACAGCACUCAUUGCAAACUCUCGUCAACUCAACCCCUGGCAUCGGCUGCACUGUAACAGCCAUCAUGGUUUGCGCAAAGUGCCAGAAGCUGUCCAAGACGACCUUGGCGACGCCGGGCGUGAAAAAGAAGUCGGAAAUGUACUACGGCUCGCCGGCAUCGUCCUCGUCUGCGUCCAAGUCAUCGGCGACGCUGGGCCAGACGGGUGUGUCCAAGAGCAAACUGUUGUCAAAAGGUGCCAAGAAUCCGUAUGCUCAGUAUUCAAGCUCCUGUGACAAGUGCAAGACCAAAGUCUCGCAGGGUCACAAAUUCUGCCACUCUUGCGCAUACAAAGCCGAUGCCUGCGCCAUGUGCGGAAAGUCCAACUCAAAAGCCAAGACCGGCGCCGCUCCCAUUAUCUCGGGGCAGAAAUUCUCGUCAAAGUGAGAGUACCUGGUCCGCAAGUUGGCCAUUGCAGCAGCACAAGCUGUCGAGGAACUCGCAAACGACAUUAGAUUGCGUUUCGGCUGCUGGAUAUCGAGACUCUCUAGCCUAUAGUCUAUAGGCUAUAGGAUCGCCAGCAGCCGGCAGGGCCAUCGCCGACUCAUCGCGUUUUGAUAGGCUCGGCUCCUAGUAGGAUACAGAGACGGUACUGUGUAGAAUCGCCGUCUGGUGCCCUAGACGCCACUUGUGCAUCAAGACGACGUGUUGCCAGUCUACACCAUAAUUAUAGGGGACGGAGCACUCGAGCACGAUCAGGGGCGGAAUGUUGUCAGGAAUUUACUCUCGUCACUAACCAGAUCCGCUUUCUGUUUUGCGUCAGGCCGUUUUCCCACGCCGAUCACUAGAGAGUCCUUCCCUGCUCCUGCUCUCCCUCAAUAAAGAUGAUUGUUUUGGUUCUCAUAAUGUCAUUUUCAGAAUUUCCUUGGUCAUAAAGCAGUGCUCAGUCGUGAUCCGCCCCAUUCAUCUUUCCCCUUUUGCUUAUAUCGAGGCCU